AUGAAGAAUAAAGUAGAGUUAAAAAAUUCCGGAGGUAAAAUAGUCCCCCAUUCGGAUUUCCGGGUGGGGACUAACACUACUAUUCCAUCAAAAAAGAGGAGGAGAAUUGGUACAUGGAAUGUGAGAUCUUUAGGGAUAUGUGGAAAACUAGAAAACAUCAAGUUAGAAAUGAAACGUCAUAAUAUUGACAUACUAGGCAUGAGUGAGAUAAAAUGGCCUGGUCAAGGUGAUUUUUGGUCGGAUGAUUUUCGAGUAAUUUUCUCUGGAGACGAUAAUAAGAUAGCAGGAGUAGGUAUAAUCAUGAAUAAGGAUAUGGGAAAAAGAGUUAACACAGUUAUUCAAUAUAGUAGCAGAAUAAUUGCCAUUAAAAUGGAUACAAAACCUGUCAACACCAUCAUUAUCCAAGUUUAUAUGCCUACCACAGGACACAGAGACGACGAAAUCGAGGAAAUGUAUGAACAAAUUGACGAAGUUAUAAAGAUAUCAAAGGGGAAGGAUAAUAUGAUAAUCAUGGGAGACUGGAAUGCAGUUGCAGGAGAUGUAAAAGAACAAGGUAUCUCGGGUACUUUUGGGCUGGGAAAAAGAAAUCAAAGAGGCGAAAGACUAAUAGAGUUUUGCAAGGAACAAAACUUAGUGAUCACAAACACGUUAUUCUCACAGCCUAAACGUAGAAGGUAUACGUGGACUAUGCCAGGAGGGGGAACUAGAUAUCAAAUAGACUACAUCCUUGUUAAAAAAAGAUACCAAAAUCAAGUAAAACAAAGCAAAAGCUUCCCUGGGGCAGACAUAGAUAGUGAUCAUAAUUUAAUCAUUAUGGAAUCCAAUCUAAGCCUUAAAAAAACGGAAAACAAACAAAUUACAAGGAAAAAAUGGUAUUUAGAUAAACUGAAAGAUGAAGAAAUAAGGUAUAAUUACAGCGAAGGAGUAAAUAACAAACUAAAAGAACUGCAAAUAAAAGAACAAAACGAGCCGUAUGGAAUAAAUGAUGAUUGGGAAGCACCUCAUAGUAGAAAGAAGAAAAUAUAA